AUAGAAGGGGUAAAGCAGCAAGCUUGGGAAAUUUCUCUUGGUUUUUCAUAUGGAUUCUUGAUCAAUUGUAAAACCCAGUAAGGAUUUUGGCUCCCUUGCUCUGGUUUAGUUUCUUUCUUGUUCUGUUGUUGCCAGUUUGCUAGUUCAGAAUCUGGUCUAUCUAUUUCUAAAUGUUGCAGCUUUUUUGAUGUUUUCUUUUGGAAUUGUUAUGAAUCGAUGAAAUUUCUGACACCUACAUGAACUUCUCGCUCGAGGAUUUCAUCUUCCAUCAGUUUGGUCUCCUUGUAAUUAGAUCAGAAUCACUCAUUUUUUUAUACCAGUGAUCUUCUUCAUUUAGUCUCUGUGGUCUGAGGCAUUUCUCUGAUUUUUAAUUCCUCCGGACGUUGUUGGUAAUUUUCUUUUGGCCUUAAUCCUGAAUCUGGCUUUGUAUUGGUCCAAACUUGUUUCCUGGAGAAAAUUUUUCACAUUGUCUUACAAAGUCUAGGCCUUUUUAUUAGUCGUUAUCUUUGUGAAUUUAGUUCGAUUGAUAGUCACCCAUUUUGGCAACUGUAAUCUGUUUUUAUCCCUUUGCUCCAAACAUUCUCCUGGUUCUCUCAUGGUACCUAUGUUACAAGGGGAGUCAUCAUCCGUAACAUCAUCACCUCUCCAAGUUUUCUCCAUGAUGUCACUGUCACCCAGCUUAGGAUCACCUUACCCAUGGCUUAGAGAGAUGAAAUCUGAGGAAAGGGGUUUAUAUUUGAUCCACUUAUUACUCACUUGUGCAAACCAUGUAGCGGCUGGCAGCCUUGGAAACGCAAAUAUUGCGCUUGAGCAAAUAUCUCAACUGGCCUGUCCAGAUGGUGAUACCAUGCAGAGGAUUGCUGCAUACUUUACUGAGGCACUUGCUGACAGAAUUCUCAAAGCCUGGCCUGGUCUCCACAAGGCUCUUAAUUCCACCAGGAUGACUUUGGUUUCUGAAGAAAUUCUUGUUCGGAAACUGUAUUUUGAGAUGUUUCCAUUCUUGAAGGUGGCCGUUGUUCUUACCAACCAAGCUAUAAUUGAAGCGAUGGAGGGUGAAAAGAUGGUUCACGUUAUUGAUCUGAAUGCAUCUGAACCAGCACAAUGGGUUGCUCUUAUUCAAGCUUUGAGUGCAAGGCCAGAAGGACCGCCCCAUUUAAGAAUCACAGGAAUUCAUCAACAGAAGGAAGUCUUGGAUCAGAUGGCUCAUAGAUUGACUGAAGAAGCUGAGAAACUGGAUUUGCCAUUUCAGUUUAAUCCUAUUGUUAGCAAAAUAGAGAGUCUUGAUAUUGAGAAAUUACGGGUUAAAACAGGGGAGGCUUUGGCAAUCAGCUCAGUUCUCCAACUGCAUCCGCUGUUGGCCUCUGAUGAUGAACUCCAACGGAACAGAUCACCAUUAGCUUCGAGGAACCUGAAUGGAAUUCACUUGCAAAGAGCCCUUCAAGUGAAUCAGGGCAGUUUUGGUGAGUUGCUUGAAAGAGACAUGGUCAACAGGUACAGCCCUAGCCCUGAUUCAACCUCAUCAUCACCACUAUCCUUAACUGCUUCAGUGUCUAUUGACAGUUUUCUUACCUCAUUGUGGGGUUUGUCACCUAAACUGAUGGUGGUUAUGGAACAAAAUUCUAACCAUAAUGGAUCAACUCUCAUGGAGAGAUUAUUAGAAUCCCUGUAUUCUUAUGCUGCAUUAUUUGAUUGUUUGGAGUCUACCAUCUCAAGAACAUCCUUGGAGAGGGUGAAAGUAGAGAAGAUGUUGUUUGGAGAGGAAAUAAAGAAUAUAAUUGCAUGUGAGGGAGCUGAGAGGAAGGAGAGACAUGAAAAACUCGAAAAAUGGAUUCAAAGGCUUGAUUUUGUUGGCUUUGGAACCGUGCCUUUGAGUUACUAUGGCAUGUUGCAGGCAAAGAGAUUGCUUCAGGGUUAUGGUUGUGAUGGUUAUAAAAUGAAGGAAGAGAAUGGAUGCGUGGUAAUUUGCUGGCAAGAUCGACCACUCUUUUCAAUUUCAGCCUGGAGAUGUAGGAAGUGAACCAUACCAACCCCCUCCAAACAGCCCCAGAAAAAAAAAAAAAAGCGUUUCCUGGUGUUUGAGUUUUUUCUUUUCUCCGAAUAUGGAACUUGGAAGGUUUUUGAGACAAAGUUAGAAUGAUAAAAAGGCCUACCCUCUUAUGCUCUUCAGUAAUUUUGUAUUCUUUUUCCUUGUUCGUUAGGGUAGUUUUUUAAGUUCUUUUUUUAUUAUUAAUAUGAAUGAAACUCAAUCCUGAGUUUUCAUAUGUACUGGUUGAAGCUGAUGUUUUUGAGUGUAUUAUACAGUUUUAUACUUUCAU